UGGUGUGAUGACGGUGGGAGCCGUUGACACAUCGUUACAUGGAGACAUCAGUAUUUUGGGUUUCCAGCCAACUGACUGCUGCCGUGUACUAUUGGAGGGGGUUCGGUUGAACCGGUUUACUUCUUAAAUACUGGCGUCUGUCCGUUCAGUGUUGAGCCAUGUCUCCAUCAGUACCCCUGCAGGAGAUGAUCCGGGCCAUCAGGUCAGCGAGGACGCAGUGUGAGGAGCGAGGUGUCAUCCAGAGGGAAUGUGCAGCCAUCCGGGCACAGUUCAGACAAGCCGACAAUGGGGGGCGGUCGCACAACCUGGCCAAGCUGCUCUACGUGCACAUGUUGGGCUACCCGGCUCACUUUGGUCAGAUGGAGUGUGUUCGGAUGAUAGCCAGCCCUCGCUACAGCGAGAAGCGUGUGGGAUAUCUUGGAGCCAUGAUGCUGCUGGAUGAGAAGCAGGACGCCAGCUUGCUCAUCACCAACUCAAUUAAGAAUGACCUUGCUCACAGUAACCAGUAUGUGCAGUCUCUGGCUCUGUGCACACUGGCCUGUAUGGGUUCAGCUGAGAUGUGCAGAGAUCUGGCACCAGAGAUCGACAGGCUGCUCCGAGCCUCCAACUCCUACAUAAAGAAGAAGGCUGCUCUGUGCGCUGUUCACAUUGUGAGAAAAGUCCACGAACUGGGGGAGCUUUUUGCGCCCGCUGCUCGCUCCCUCCUCUCUGAGAAGAACCACGGUGUGUUGCACGGUGCCGUGGUGCUCAUCAUUGAGCUGUGUGAGCGGAAUCCAGAAACACUGGAGCGGUUCAGAAAGACAGUGCCAGAUCUGGUUCAGAUCAUGAAAGGUCUGGUCCUCUCGGGUUAUUCUCCAGAACACGACGUGGCAGGAAUCAGCGAUCCCUUCCUACAGGUACGCAUCUUGAGGCUGUUGAGAAUCCUUGGUCGCAACAACGAAGGUGCCAGUGACGCUAUGAACGACCUACUAGCUCAGGUGGCGACCAACACUGACAGCACUAAGACUGUGGGCAACGCCGUGCUGUAUGAGACUGUUCUCACUGUGCUGGACAUCAAGUCAGAGAGCGGCCUCAGGGUUCUGGCUGUGAACAUCUUGGGAAGAUUUCUCCUGAACAACGACAGGAACAUUCGGUACAUCGCCAUGACAUCUCUUCAGAAGAUUGUUGGGACGGACCACAAUGCAGUGCAGCGCCACCGGGGAACCAUAGUGGACUGCCUGAAGGACCAGGACGCUUCUGUCAAGCGCCGUUCGUUGGAGCUCUCCCUGGCGCUGGUGUCAGCCUCCAACAUCCGCUCCAUGAUGAAGGAGCUGCUCCUCUUCCUCUCCUCCUGCCCCCCUGAGCUCAAGUCUAACGCUGCCAGCGGCAUAUUCUACGCUGCAGAGAGGUAUGCACCUUCCCAGCGCUGGCACAUUGACACCAUCCUGCAUGUCCUCACCACGGCAGGGGGCGACGUGAGAGAUGAAACGGUGCCCAACUUGAUCCAGCUCAUCACCAACGCCUCCGAGCUGCACUGUUACACCGUCCACAAGCUCUACCGGGCGCUGCUCACUGACAUCUCUCAGCCUUCCCUGGUGCAGGUGGCGUGCUGGUGUAUAGGAGAGUAUGGAGACCUGCUGCUGAGAGGAGACUGUCAGGAGACUGAGCCGGUUCAGGUCACCGAGGACGACGUCCUGGACGCCUUGGAAACGGUUCUGCAGUCCCACAUGUCGGCCCCGGCGACCAGAGGCUUUGCUCUCACCGCCACCAUGAAACUGAGCACACGCAUCACCGACAACGUGGAUCGCAUCAGAAGCAUCGUCAGCAUCUAUGGCAGCUGUAUAGAUGUGGAGCUCCAGCAGAGGGCAGUUGAAUACAAUGCUCUGUUCAAGAAAUAUGACCACAUGAGGGCAGCGGUGCUGGAAAGGAUGCCUGUGAUUGAAAAGAACUCCCCGGGUCACACCAACGGGGAGUCAACAGGGGACGCCUUCAAGGACCUCCAACCAGCCAAAAUCAAGCAGGCAGAGCCGCUGCUGACCCUGCAACCUGCUAACCAGGUGUGUGAUCUCUUGGACCUGCUGGGAGGCUCUGAGGAGACUCUGCAGCCCAGCCCAGCAGUAGGCGGUACAGUACCCGGCCUGCCCAUCACCACAGCCGGCACUGCUGGAGGAGACCUCCUGGAUCUGCUGGGGGGGUUAGAGCCUGUACCCCUCGCACCAGCUCCCACAGUGCCGGUGUACGAGAAAGACGGUUUGACUUUGACACUAAGUUGUGAGAAACAGUCAGACACAGGCCUGACCGUCACACUAACAGCCUCCAACUCCACUGACUCAGACAUGAGCAGCUUCACCCUGCAGGCUGCGGUUCCCAAGAGUGUCCAGUUACACAUGAAGGCUCCCAGCGGGGACUCUCUUCCUGCACGAGGCACAGCUAAGGUGACCCAGAUGGUAGUCCUCAACAACCCGAACAAGGUGAACCUGAAGAUGAGGGUCCGCAUAUCUUACACCAGCCAAGGAUCGGCCUUUCAGGACACAGUCCAGAUCGACUCCUUCCCCGGACUCAAUGCCGCCGGCCACUGACGGCGGCCGUCCGGUCCAGCAGGACAAUGACAACAGUCUGUGGAUGAGUCACACCCUCCUCACUACCGUACAAGCUGCUGUUUCUGAAAAUGUUGUUGGUGUUUUUACAGCUGAAGAACGCUGUUCGUUCACAGGAAGUCGCAGCCUCAUACAUGAAGUUUCCCCCCUCCUCUGGAAUCUAAGUGUAAAUGUGACUGAUGGCAUUAUUUAAUAUGGCACAAGCUUUGGAAUUAUGCCCGUAUAAUAUGGAAAAAUGAGUCAUUUUUCUGGGAUUUUUGCAAUGACAACUGUCCGUAGAAACUUUACACCAUCCAGGUUCUUUUUUUAAAGCUACUAAAGCUGAUUGUAGUCGUUUCACUCCAUAAAUAUGAACUUUCAUGCGGCUCCUGUCAGCCAGUAUGCGCCACUAGAUCGACUGUCCUCACAUAACACUUGUGUUUAUUCCCUUUUGAAGUGAUUAUCUUUAUGAAAUAUUUGCCUUUAGCAUCUUCACUCUGUUGAAAAGCAGCUACUAAUAAUGACCCACUACGAUUAUGAUAAAAGGCUCUAAUCCAGUACACUUGAUUUUACUGGAGAACGCACGGACAUACAUAUGAGAUCGAAAGGGUGUAGGGUUUUAAACACAACCUUUAUGUGUUGCAUAUUUUUCAUGCCUCAUUCAGCUGAACAGCUCAGAGUAUCCUCCUCCUAAUUAAUUCUCCUGUGCCUUUCAUCCCCUCAAGAACUGAGGUUUUCUCAUGUACAAAACAAAAUGCAAUUAUAUUUGGUUUCAGAGGCCAAGAAACGGUUUUGGUGUCGUCAUAUAAACAUGUUUUUAUCAUUACCAUUCAA